AAUKGCGGAAAGCUUAGAUCAAACAUGGAGCAUAGUCACGAGAAACAGCUUUCUCUCAAGACAUAUGAUACCAUAAAGAUUCAAAUGACUGCACAUAUGACACACGGGGUUUUCCACCCAGAAAUUCAACUCUUUAAGAUUACUCCAAGCGUUCAUAUUUGUGUCGAGCACCGCAAAUAUCCAAGGGAAUGUUUUACUACCGCGUCAUGCUUUAAAGUCUCUGGCAAGUAGGCGACUUUAGACGAUUACAUAGUGGCCUGGGAGCCUGUUCUUGAUUUGGAAGCUGCGACAGUAGCCGUGGACGAGGACGAUGAGUUAACCAUACACAAUUUAGAUAUCUGGUGGAGGAUGGAUAGCAGUGGAAAACAGGAAGGAAAUUUCAGCCUUCAACGCAAAUAUUACAAAACCCGCCAAAUCAAAUUUUAUGAGGGAGACUUUGUUUGUGUUCGGGUAAAGGAGGAGAUGUACAUGGGGAGGUCAAACUUGGGAACAAGCGAGAGGAAGAAAUCAGAGAUGGAUUCAGAUCUUGAAAGUGAAGUACAAGUCACCAUGACGCAGUUAGAAGCCAACCGAUCCUUGGCGAGUAACUCGAGUUACGGGCCUAGGUCGCAGUCAUCAAGUAUAUGGUUAGGACACGGUAUUGUUGGGGAAGUGAAAUUCGCUCAAGAUUCGGAAAUUGGGUCAGUGAAGAUAACUCUUUGUCAGUCAGCAUCGGAAUUUCCCAAAGAGCUGUUGAAAGGAGGCAGUUUGAGUACGUUAACUGUUAUUCAUCGACCUCCUCUCCACAGACGAAUGUCUGCAGUCCUACGGAAAGGGCUGAAAAAUGCUCCCGAACGAGUCAAGGCGAUUUGCUUGGGGCAUGAGCUUAGUCAAGGGGAUUUCGAAUUGCCGCCUUUCUCUGAUCUUUCAAUUUCGAGAAAGGAUUCCAGAUGUCAAUUAGAGCCCUUGAAUGAUUGUCAGAAUGAAGCUGUGAAAGUGGCACUUGGGAAACCAUUUUCGCUCAUCCAGGGCCCUCCAGGUACCGGCAAGACAGUGACAGGCGCCCACAUAGCCUACUGGUUUGCACAUCAAAACAAGAUAAAUUUUUCACAGUCAGAACAGAAGCUGGUUGAAUCAGACGGUUCAUCAUCACAAGUGAUUUACUGCGGUCCCUCUAAUAAGUCAGUUGAUGUGGUGGCAAAAAAAUUGCUCCAAAUUCCUGAACUCAAAAUCAUUCGAGUCUAUAGUGAUUUAAGGGAGCAGGCUGAGUUUCCACUUCCUAACAAACGUAAACCUCUGAGAAGUUCCAGCGACGAUGAUGAAACUCAAGAAUUAGAUGAAAAACUGAAAGAAGUGGCGCUACACCACGUCAUCCGUGCGGAUACGUGUCCGUUCGCUCAUGAACUUAAAGAAUAUGAACGAAAAUUUAAACAAGAUAAGAAGAAAGGUGUAAGGACCGAAGAUGCGCACGUAGACAGUUACCGUGAUCUUAUUGAACAGGCAGAGAAAUGGGCAUUUCAGUCGAAUGGUGUGCAGAUUAUCUUGUGCACAUGUGCAGUUGCCGCCAAGUCUAGUAUAAUAAAAUCAUGUGAAGAAAAUAUCAAGCAGUGUAUUGUGGAUGAAUGUGGCAUGUGCUUGGAACUUGAAUCACUCUUGCCAAUCGCGUUCUUGGCACCGCAGCAAGUGGUAUUAAUUGGCGAUCACAAACAGUUACAGCCCAUCAUUCAUGACAAAAAGGCACAGAAUCUGGGCCUCAACGUUUCAAUGUUUGAAAGACUCUCUGGAAAAGCCAAGAUGCUCCGGCUUCAGUACAGAAUGCACGAAGAAAUUUGCAAAUUUCCUUCCGAGCACUUCUAUAACAAUCAGCUGGAAACGGAUGCAUCUGUAAAGAAUCAGGGUACCCAUUUACAAUCCUUUUGGCCUGUUGAGAACGUACCUAUGGCAUUUUGUCAUGUUAUGGGGGAAGAAGAGGUUACCCCUAUUAAGACAGCACUUAGCAAUGAGCAAUCUAAAGCGAAUGAUAAAGAAGUCAGAAAAGCGGUGCAUGUGGCAAAUUGCCUUGUGAAUAAUUACAGGGUGUCCUCGUCAAAAAUCGUUAUCCUGUCACCUUACAGAGAACAGCAAGAGAGAAUAAGAAAAGAGCUGGCCAAAACCCCACAGUGCAAAGAUAUCUUAGUUACAACUAUUGCAAAGAGUCAGGGAAGUGAAUGGGAUUACGUCAUCUUAUCUCUGGUCCGUUCACUGAGUGGGGAUGAACACUGCCCAGAGGGAUCAUCACAUUGGGUUCGUGAACAUUUGGGAUUUUUAGAAGACGACCACCUGAUGAAUGUAGGGCUAACAAGAGCGCGUAAAGGGCUUUGUAUCAUUGGUAACAAGAACCUACUAUCAUACAAUUCAAUGUGGAAGAACUUGAUCGAAUCCUUCGAAAAAAGACAUUGUGUAGUCAAUGAGACUGACUGGCCGAAGAAAUAAACAUAUUACCCAACGCAAAACUUGUAAAUAAUUAGACUGUCAAACAAACCCUAAAAUAGGCUCCAAAGCAAUGAUUUUAGUCCAAGUACUAUAGCACAUGUAAUAGAUAAAACAGCUCCUCUUCCGAAGUCUAGACAACCUCAACCAAAAGAAUAUCUUACCUCAACUUAACGCUAGACAGAAAAAAAUCGAGGGACCAGGAAUAUAUUAAUUCCCCUCGAUGGGAUUAUGGCAAGCCAAUUGUAGCAAUAUUCAAUAAAUGGAUAUUUAAAUUCAAAGAGUCAAGUUUAGUUCAAUUCAACGCGUAAAUUUAUGUGUAGCAUACUAUUUUUUGGGUUCAACGCCCCAUUUUGCAUUCAACACUUUUUGCAUUCAAUACACUUGGGUAUCAUUCAAUGCGAUUGCUUCGGUUCAACCUCUUUUUUUAAUUCAAUGGCACAUUUUGCGUUCAACACUUUUCAUUUCGUUCAACGCAAUUUAUUUUCGUUCAACUAUUUAUUGCACAGCGGUUGACCACUAUUGCCUAGUCCUUCUUGAUCUCGGUAGUUCACGGAAGGCUGGAACACUGUUUAGGGCGAGGGCCAAAACUAAAGGGCGGACGAGGAUUUCAAAAAAGAGAUAAAGCAAAUCCGUAACAACACGGAGCAAGAAACAGUAAAGGCGAUCAUGUGCUUCCAAGAACGUGAAAUCGGUUGUUUUAAGACCGAAAUAAAGAAAAGAAAACGAGCCAAAACGGCUGGAACACUGAACACUAAGAAAUGUAGUACGAUCGAAUCAGCGCGCGUGGCGUAAGCUGACAAUGUAACGAUCGAGACAGUCAAAAGAUAGCUGUUAAUCUCCAGGAACAAAUCGCUCAGUUCGGCAGUAUGAUGAAAAGAAUAGGAACA